UUUGGUUUGUUUUUAAUUAAUUAAGAGCUCUGUGUUUGGGUGUGAUUCAGAUUUGCAUAUGUAAAAGGUUUCUUGUUGCUUACAUGUGCCUUUCAUGUCCCCCUGUCCUCUCAACCUCUCCACCAUUUCUUCUUUCUUCACCUUUCUUUCUUCCAAUAUAUUGAGCUUCAAGGAUUGCCCCUUUCUCUGAACCAAUUACAGGGUAAUUCCAUCAUAAACCCAUAGCCUCUCUCUCACUCUCUCUCUCUCUCUCUCUCUCUAUAUAUAUAUAUAUACACACACAUAGAUAUGUAUAAACACACAUGGGUUUUUUGGUUUUUGAUGGUGGAGAGCAAAAGGUGCACCUUUCUUCACACCCAGGACAUUGAUUUGGGUUAUUCAGGAGAUGUAAACCGCAGAUAACAGACAGAAAUCAAAUUCCAAUUUUUGUUUUUCUUUACAGUCUUUGAGCUCCGAAGCAAUCUAGAUGAUUUUAUUUCUGUGUUGCAUCAAAUAGACAUUGUUCUUCUCUUCUCUCCUUUUUUUUUUUUUUUUUUUUUUUUUUUUUUGGGAUUAAAAAUGCGAUUGUUCAUCUGGGUUUUUGAGGGGAAGAAGAAGAGACUCUGCAUUACUCAAUAGCAAAGGAGAGUUUUUUUUUUUUUUUUUUUUUUGGGUAUUUGAAUACCAUGGAGGCACCAGCAGGGUUGCAAAGCACUCCCCGGAAAAAGAUGACAAAACAAUUAACCGGGAAACGCGAUGACUCUCCCCUGCACUCUGCCACUAGAGCGGGGCAGCUCGUUGUCAUAACGACUAUCCUAACUGGUGCCGAAGCAGAGGAAGACAUAGCAGAAUUAUUGUUGAAGCAAAACCAAGCCGGCGAAACAGCCCUUUAUGUUGCCGCCGAAUAUGGGUAUGUUGAAUUGGUCAGAGAAAUGAUCAAGUACUAUGAUCUUGGAGCAGCUAGCAUCAAAGCUAGAAAUGGCUUUGAUGCAUUGCACAUUGCUGCCAAACAAGGAGAUUUGGAGGUGGUGAAGGUACUAAUGGAGGCCCAUCCAGAGUUGUCUAUGACAGUUGACAUAUCAAACACGACGGCUUUGCACACGGCUGCAACACAAGGGCAUAUAGAGGUGGUGAAUCUUUUUUUGGUGUCGGAGAGCAGCUUGGCCACUAUAGCUAGAAGUAACGGGAAAACAGCGCUGCAUUCUGCAGCUAGAAAUGGGCACGUGGAAGUCGUGAAGGCACUUGUGUGUAAAGAUCUCGGGGCUGCAACAAGGAACGAUAAGAAGGGGCAGACUGCGCUUCACAUGGCGGUGAAAGGACAGAGCCUUGAAGUGGUGGAGGAGCUGAUUAAGGCCGAUCCUUCUUUGUUAAACAUGGUUGAUACUAAGGGCAACACAGCAUUGCAUAUAGCAACAAGAAAAGGAAGAGCUCAGAUUGUUAAGUUGCUAUUGGGGCACAAUGAAACCGACACAAAAGCUGUCAACAGGUCUAAUGAAACUGCCUUUGACACGGCAGAGAAAACAGGGCAGGCCAAAGUUGCAGCCAUCCUGAGAGAGCAUGGCGUGCAAAGUGUCCGAGCCCUCAGGCCUCAAGCAAACAAUCCAGCCCGCGAAUUGAAACAAACAGUCAGUGACAUCAAACACGAAGUUCACAACCAGCUCAAACACACUCGCCAAACAAGAAAAAGCGUGCAAGGCAUUGCCAAGCGGGUCAACAAAAUGCAUGUUGAAGGCCUAAACAACGCAAUCAACUCCACAACUGUUGUCGCGGUUCUCAUUGCCACUGUGGCAUUCGCAGCCAUUUUCACCGUGCCUGGCCAGUAUGUCGAUGACCCAGAAAACAUCCCUUCUGGGCUUUCCCUUGGGGAAGCUAGAAUCGCUCCUAGAACCCCAUUUUUGAUCUUCUUUGUCUUCGACGCCAUUGCCCUCUUCAUUUCUCUAGCAGUUGUGGUGGUACAAACCUCAGUGGUGGUGAUAGAGAGCAAGGCAAAGAAGCAAAUGAUGGCAGUGAUAAACAAGCUAAUGUGGUUGGCUUGUGCACUCAUUUCAGUGUCAUUUUUAGCUCUGUCAUUUGUUGUUGUUGGUGAGCAUGAAAAGCGGCUUGCAAUUGGAGUGACAAUCAUAGGAUCAACAAUAAUGGCUACAACUUUGGGGACAAUGUGUUAUUGGGUAGUUAUGCACCGAAUUGAGGCCUCGAAUUUGAGGAACAUACGAAAGAACUCGAUGAAUAGUAGGUCGCGGUCAGGUUCACAAUCAGUGAUGUCAGAUUCAGAGCUUAUGAAUAGCGAGUACAAGAGAAUGUAUGCUAUUUAAAAAGCUUUGUAUGCCAAAGUAUUUCAGAAUGGGGCGUAAGAAAUGCUUUUUUUUUUUUUUUCCUGCUCAAAGUUCAAAACAAUAAUGACCGAGAAAACAGGGGAAAUUGUUUUCUUGAUUCUGGAGGGUAAAUUCGGUUAGAAAUUAUUCUUGCCCAUGAGAUGCUUAUUGUCAAAUUUCUACGUAUCAUCUGUAAUGUCUAUACUUUCCAAGUCAAUGGUAGUUACUUUCUCUUUUGAAAUU